UUACACAUUAUUCCACAUUUAAAACCAGAAAAAAACAUUCAUAUUGUAGGAAACAUUUGGUAGAAUAAAAUGUAUGGCACAGGGCAGAGAAACACCUGUAUGACGUCAUUCAACAGCAUCGCGAGCCUUCACGACUGACCGCGGCAAGCAGUACUCUGGAGGAGAGACUGCUGCCCCUUUAAGUAACAAACGAUUACAAGUAAACAACUUCAAUGAGGAUUUAUUGGAAUUUUGCAGGAACAUUUACCGUGAAUGUGAAGAUCACUGCAUCUCAAUUCUGUGGAACGGGGUAAUUUUUGGGUAGCGCACGAGAGGGUUACUUGCUAGCUGACUGGUUAGCAUCGUUCUCGCUAACUAAACAUGGUGGCCAAUGAACGAAAAGAGCUCUAAAAUAUUUAAGAAAAGCUUAUUGUUGAAUGGUGAGACAUUGUUGUAACCUUUUUACACAUACUAAAAAUCUUGGCUGGAUUUGCAGACUUCAAAUGCACUUUUCGGUUAAUCUGAAUAUCCCAAAAGGAGUCAAACUGCCCCGACACAAUUGCCAUGCAUUGGACAACCCGUUUGAAAAGUUAUAAUUAACGUUACGUUUUCGUUAUGUUCUACAAUGUAUUAUAUAUAGACGAACACAAACCUUGAACAACGAUUUCAAAUGCACAUUAGGAUUUCUCUCACCACUCUCAAUUCCAAUGUGACCAUGGUUGUAACAUUGUUACUGAGCUGAGAUAACGGCUACAAAAUAACCUUUUUAUUCUGCAGAGAAAUCAUUUGCUCAUCUGUACUGGAAAGAUUGUUUCAUUAAGGAAAUUACCACUGUUUGGCAAACAUUUCUACUCGUACUGAGAACAUGCACUGCGAGACGUUAUGGAUUAUCACGUAGUCCAACACGCACACAAUCCAGAAUUUGGGAAUUGGAACCAAGUGAUGGUUUUCAGAUUUGGGAUUUUAAGAUGCUUCACACAAGACAUUGUUUACCUUCAAUAGAAUUUAGAGGACUUGCAGAGAAAAUUACAUGGAGACUCGUCUGACAUGCCAAGGAAGGAGUUACCACUACCAGAGGGUUGGGAAGAAGCCCGGGAUUUUGACGGGAAAGUCUACUUCAUCGACCACAUCAAACACGCUACUAGUUGGAUUGAUCCAAGAGACAGAUUCUUCACCGUCUGAAGAGAUGACGAGAUGUCUAGCCUGGUGUCGUCCUCUUCAGACAGACUGGAAGAGGUCUUGCAUUCCAAUGAACAACCAGCAGACUAAACCUCUGACAUUUGCUGACUGCAUUGGAGAUGAGCUGCCUGUGGGUUGGGAGGAGGCCUACGACCCCAAUGUCGGGGCCUACUAUGUGGAUCAUAACACAAAGAGCACUCAGCUGGAGGACCCGCGGGCCCAGUGGCAGCGGGAGCAGGAGGUCAUGCUGCGGGAGUACCUGGACGUGGCCAAGGAUGCGCUGAGCGCCCAGAAGGAGAUUUACCAGGUGAAGGAGCAGCGCCUGCGCCUGGCCCAGCAAGAGUACCUUCAGCUCAACAACGCCUGGAGGGACAGGUCCACCUCCCAGACCAGCUUGAAUUCCAGAUCAUCCUCCAGCAGUAAAUAUGACCCAGAAAUCCUCAAAGCCGAGAUUGUCACUUCCAAAAGUAGGGUGAAUAAGCUGAAGAGAGACCUAGCCUGCAUGAAACAAGAGUUGCAGUACAAAGAGCAGGGCUUUGAAACGCUGAAAGAGAUCGACCACAAGGUGUCCAGCGUGCCUUACGGUGUCAAGCUUCACGAUGAGCAGGCCACCCUGAACGAGGUCAAGUCCAUCCGGGACGCCAUCAGCUCCGGGGAGAAGGAGAAACAGGAGCUCAUGCAGAAACUAGCAGUGCUUAAGGAUGGCUUCCAGUUGGACUCGGUGGGUUCUCAGUCUGACCUGUGGGGCAGCAGCCCCUCCCUGGCCAACUCUGAGCUGUACAUCCCCCGCCUCUACUCCGAAGCCGGAUCCCAGACCAACAUACCUGCUGAGUUUGUGACCAACACCAACAACUUGGCAGAGAAGGUGCGACUGAGCCUGAAGUAUGAAGAAGCAAAUAGAAGGAUUGCCACCAUCGAGGUGCAGAUAGCCAAGCUGGACAGUGAGGCGUGGCCAGGGCUGCUGGACCCAGAGCGUGACCGCCUCAUCCUCAUCAAUGAGAAGGAGGAGCUACUCAAGGAGCUGCAAUACAUCAAGCCUUGCAAGAAAGUGCCCAUUGACCAGGAGAAGAUAGAGACACAAAAGAAAAGGCUUGAGAGAGACCUGCAGGCUGCCAGGGACAACCAGAGCAAGGCCCUGACCGAGAGAUUAAGAUUGCACUGUAAGAGGAACAAGCUGGUGAGAGAGCUGGAGGAGAUGGUUCGCCUGGCCUCAUCAUUACACACUCAGCUCAAGAGUCUUUCGGCCAGCACACUGUCGUGUUCCUCAGGCAGCAGCCGUGGCUCUCUGACCUCCAGCCGGGGCUCUUUGGCCACCACGUCAUCCCUGGGCUCCACCUCCUCCCUGAGCUUCACAGAUAUUUACCUGGAGCAGCCUGAGCUGGGAGACCCAGACUUCCAGAACAAAUUGGACUCCCUACUGCAGGACGGUGGCCCGGGGGUUAGCUACCGUCCCUCCAGCUCCAUCACCACCAUCCACGAACACGAGGUGGUCGCUGGGGGAGAGAGAGCGGGCGACAAGGGGGGUGUUGUCGGUGGGGGAGCAGAUGCCAGAACCAGGCUACAGGCGCUGAGACUAUCAGAGACGCCAAGGUCGAUCAGUUCACUAUCGCCGAGGUCUUCGAUGUCGUCACUCUCGCCGCCCUGCUCGCCGCUGGUCACGGACUCUAUAUUCCUCUCCGGGGAGAGGUUUGCGGGUCCAGGGGGCCCAGGUGGGGGACUGGACAUGGAGCUGCAUAGCAGGCUGACUGAGCUGGGGCUGGACAAGGAGGAGCAGCAGCACCCUGGAGGGGUGGAGCAGGAUGCCACUACCAUAGCUGGAGAGAUGUUUAAAGAUGCCAUAGUGCAAGCCAGAGGGACGGUGGGGGCGGGGCCUAAGAAGAUGGGCGUGAUGUCAGCAGUGUCUGAUGAGUCGGUGGCGGGUGACAGCGGGGUGUAUGAGCCCUCAGAGACGAGGUCAGUCCUCCCUGCAGAGCUGCUGCUGGGCUAUGAGGAGAGGGGAGAACCACUAGGCUGUGCCCAGGUCAGACUGGGCCUGAAGUACGAGGUGAAGCGCUUCACCAUGUUCGUCAUGCAGCUCUCCAAUUGCAGCGUCCUCGUACUGCCACCAGACCACAAAAUAUACAUCCGUGUGGCGGUGCUCCCGUGCUCAGAGUCCACCUGCUGCCUCUUCCGGACGCGCGGCUCUCUACCCCAGGACAUUGUGGAGGUCAAUGAAGUCUUCGGUGUCCAGAUGGCCCACAAUGCCCUGCGGCAGAAGACCCUGAGGGUGGACAUAUGCCACACCAGCCUGUCUGGCCGUGAGGAGUGUCUUGCUGGUGCUCAGAUAAGCCUGGCUGAUGUCAACACCUCUGGGGAGAGAUGUGUCAAGAGCUACAACCUCCUCAGCUACUCCUUCAUGCCCCAGAUCAAUAACAAGGACAAGACUGGGACGGCUCGGCAGUGUGAAAGGAGCUCUGUCCCCACCACAGAGAGAGUAGCAGGCAGUCUGGAGGGUGACCCAGAGGAGGAUGAAUGUGUUUCAACCCUGUACAGGCACAGUGAAGAGCUGGAAGGUGAAGUGUUUGAAGAAGAUGACCACAUAGAGGGGGCAGGACCUCUAGAGGAAGAGGAGGGGCUAUAUCCUGACAGCAGCCAUUGGGAGGGAGAGGAAGUGACAACCAAACCGACUGGAACAGGAACCCUGGUUGAGAGGGUGAACAAGGAGACCAGUACCGGCCACCACCACCAUGUCUCCUCCUCGGUGGUCCGGCCAAAGGAGCGUCGGCCCCACCAUGUUCCCCAGCAGAAUGCCUUCUUCCAGGGCAACACCAUCAUCCGCUCCAAGACCUUCUCCCCUGGGCCCCAGAGCCAGUACAUCUGCCGGAUCAACCGCAGUGACAGUGACAGCUCCACUUUGUCAAAGAAGUCUCCUUUCAUCAGGAACGCAUCAGAGAGACGCAGCAUGCGCAUGAAGAAGCCCUCUGUGCCGGUGCGGAGCCUGGACGGGCUGCUGCGGACCAGUCUGGACCUAGAGCUUGACCUGCAGGUGUCCAGGACGCGCCACACGCGACUGGCCCAGGAGCUGCGUGUCCUCAGGGAGCUGAAGGAGCAGCUGGAGAGAGCCCGGCAGCAGGGAACCAGAGAUCUCCCCACCUGGGUGCAGGACGACGAGCGAUUUCGUCUGCUUCUCAGACAGGCCGAGAAACAGACCCGUGAGGAGCAGCUGCAGGAGCAGAGGGUGGAGAAGAUGAUGCGUGCUGCGGCCAAGGACGUCCACAAGCUCCGAGGCCAGAGCAGGAAAGAGAUGCCUGAGGUCCAGUCCUUCAGAGAGAAGAUGGCCUUCUUCACUCGAGCAAAGACCAACAUCCCUGAUCUGCCUGUCGACGAUGUGUAGCGCAUUUCAAGUAUUCCAGUCUUAACUGCUGUUUCCAAGCAGAUGACUCUGACGCAGACUUCUGGUGGUAUUAUGAAGAAUGGAGAAAAAUAAAAUAAUAAUGUAUAGGAAAAAAUACCGUCACAUUUUUUUUUUAGAUCUCAGAGUUGCUAAUCUGUAUAGUUGUUUGUGUUAGCAACUAGAGCAUUGUUUUCUUCCACUCUCUCUGUAGCAGUAUUGUUACUGUUACUAAUAAGUGGAUGUUGGAAGAGACCGUUAGAUGUUUUAUGGUAAAAUCGUAAUUCCAAUACACACCAGCCCUUUCUGUGUGGAAUUUGAAAAGAUAAAGAGAAAGGCUGUUCUGUUCUUUAGCCAGGACCACUUAUUUGUUGUAGUCUAAGAUGUGAAUAUUGACCCCCAGAGGUACUUUACAUUAUUUAUAGCACAACACAUCUACAAAAUCAAUAUUGUUAUUGUAUGAUGGUGUACCAUGACCGAAUGUGUGGUUGUACAGUAUACUGAAACUGGCUGUCUGUCCCUAGUCACACUGCACAUGGUUCUCAUAGUAACCCUCACUGGUGCACACACCAUCUCUCAGCAUUGUGUAGAAAGUGCACUGACUCUCACCUAUACUCAGGUAGUUUAUUGGAUAGUUUGUGCACUUUUAAAAUGGUAAUCUAUAAAAGAGGAUGGAGGCGUUGAAGAAGUGGGAGGAGUGCUCCACUUCAGGCUGGAGUGAUUGUUGAAUCACCGCCUAACAAAGCACAUGAUUGUGAAAGACAAAAGAAGUGGAGGAGAUAACUCUUGUAUUUAAUGAAGAUCAUUGCUGGUGAUAAACUCCCCAUUGACUGUAUGAUUUAAAACGGUAGUGAAGUGAUCCAAAAACCAUGGAAUAACUGAGGACUCUAAAGUAUAUCUUAGCCUAAAGUUUGAUCACUUUUCCUGCUCUCAUCCCUUUUACCCCUUCCCUUAAAUUCUUUGUAACUGGACAUUUUGAAGACCCAUACAAACAGUAUCCCAAUUGUUCUUCUGCUAUCUUUUUUUGCAUCUCUCAACUGGACUUUCUAUAUGUAAACCUUACCAUAUCACACUAACUGGGAUAUUUGUCAAUGAGCCCCCUUCCAAAGAGGAUCUUCCUUUCCAGUCUGGGGCAGUACUAGGGACCCCUCUUACACUGGCAAAGCUUUAGUACAUACAGAGAUGAAUAAGAUCAGGUCUGCCUCUGUAUCCAUCCUGCAUGGAGCAUUGUCUCAUCAAUGACCACAGGAAUUGGCGAGACCGCACAAACAGAUCUGGGACGAGGCUACACUUCUAGUCUAGCAGCCAUGUUUCCCAAUAUAUAUCUCUGUAAGCAGACAUGACAAAGUCCUCCUGAGGAUUUCAUUUUAUCUCUGCAUGGUGCUCUCUAUGUGCCAGAGGUAUCGUUGAACAGGCUUACUGUUGCAAGUACAUAUCUGGCUCUGAUUGAUCACGUCUGUGAUCUUCACAGGCGACUAGUGGUGUCUGUGUUAAUGAAAUGUGAUGAAGAAGUGAAAUGUGUAAGUGGAUCAACUGGCAGUACAGGGAGAAAUCAGAGGGCUUUUAACUAGGCUACUGGAAACGGUACAGGGAGAAAUCAGAGGGCUUUUAACUAGGCUACUGGAAACGGUACAGGAAGAAAUCAGAGGGCUUUUAACUAGGCUACUGGAAACGGUACAGGAAGAAAUCAGAGGGCUUUUAACUAGGCUACUGGAAACGGUACAGGAAGAAAUCAGAGGGCUG